AUGGUCAUGGAGGGAAGAGUCUGCGAGGAUUUAACCUCCAGGUAUUAUGCCCUUUGUGCCAUUGGAGGAAUGCUCAGUGCUGGCACCACCCACGUCGCCACCACUCCUCUUGAUGUAUUGAAAGUCAACAUGCAGGUGCACCCAGUUAAGUAUUACAGUAUUUCUUCUUGCUUUACUACCUUAUUGAGGGAACAAGGGCCUUCUGUCCUCUGGAAAGGUUGGACCGGCAAGUUCUUUGGCUAUGGUGCUCAAGGAGGGUGCAGAUUUGGUCUCUAUGAGUAUUUUAAAGGGGUUUAUUCAAAUGUAUUGGUAGACCAGAACAAAAGUUUUGUUUUCUUUCUCAGUAGUGCGUCUGCUGAAGUGUUUGCCAAUGUAGCUCUAUGUCCUUUUGAAGCUGUUAAAGUGAGGGUUCAAGCACAACCCUGUUUUGCCAAGGGCUUGUUUGAUGGCUUUCCAAAGUUAUAUGCGUCAGAAGGCACACGAGGAUUCUACCGUGGACUAAUUCCACUUUUGGGUCGAAACAUUCCAUUUUCCAUGGUUAUGUUCUCAACAUUCGAGCACUCUGUUGAUUUUUUGUAUCGAAAUGUGGUCAAAAGGAAAAAGGAGGAUUGUUCAAUAGGUCAACAACUUGGUGUGACAUGUUUAGCUGGAUAUGCAGCUGGCUCUGUUGGUAGCUUCAUUUCUAAUCCUGCUGACAAUAUUGUAUCUUCUCUUUAUAACAGAAAAGCCGAUAGUCUUGCACUGGCUAUCAGAAAUAUUGGACUAGCCAAUCUAUUUACCAGGAGUCUUCCCAUUAGAAUGUUGCUGGUUGGUCCUUCUAUAACUUUGCAGUGGUUUUUCUAUGACACCAUCAAAGUUUUAGGCGGAAUGCCAACUAGUGGUGAAGUCACAACUGAUAUGAAAGGAGAUGCUGAAACGAGUAUGAAAGGAAUCAUUCACGGGAUUCGCGGUAAAGUUGUUUCUGUUUACGUUGUUUCUAAGCAUACUGUAGAAAGUGAUUCAGUUAUGGAGAAUAAAAAAGUGAUCAACAGUUAUACAUUUGCACAUACUCUUCUGGCAACCAACUGGGCAAAUAUAUCUUCAGGAGAGUAG